AUGGACUCGAAAUUUCCUAAAAUAGUGGCCAAGACGGAUAUAAAAGUUGGGACUGUGUUGGCUUUAGAGAAAGCAUUUGUUGUUUCUCCAUGUCCAUUCGAUGAUGCUGGGAGCAAUUACACUACGUGCUCCUACUGUCUCAAAAUGUCCCUAAAUUUAUUUCCUUGUGAAGGCUGUACCCUAGCUCUGUUCUGUAGCAAACAAUGCAAUGAAUUAUGCCUGAAGGAAUAUCACAAUACUGAAUGCCACGUCGCUGGAUUUGUUAAGAACAGACCUGAUAUCCAAAUACCACUGAGAGCUGCAAUAAAAGUUCGAAACAUGUGCAAAUCGUGGGACGAACUUGUCGCUCUUUCAAAUCGUUACAACAAAUGUUUUUUUCCACAAUCUGGUGAUGACAAAGCCAAAGCGAUACGUGCUUUUGCAAGAAUAUUGAUAUAUCUAACAAUAUUUUCACCACCUACAUACAUGAUACUGCCUGAGUCUGACACAUUUGAUGAAAUUACAAAAUUUAGCAAGCAUCCGUCUUUUGGACUGUUUCCUUUCAUUGGAAAAUUGAAGCAUUCGUGUAUACCGAACACGCGUGCUGCAGCUCUCAACAACACUAUGGCAUUGGUAGCAUUGCAGCCUAUUAAAGCUGGAACUGAAUUGACCAUCACCCCCGUAUUCCACUGGUUGGAUUGUCCACAAACAAAACAAGACAGACAGAACAGGAUGUUGUGGUUUUACAGGACCGUUUGCAGUUGUGUGGUGUGUGAAGCAAGCCCACAUGAUUGGGCGCUGAUGAGGCAGAACAGCCAACUGUCUGUUACACAACGGAGGAAACAUAAAAUGAUAUUUUCAAAUGAAUCACCAGAAAAUUUCUUCGAACCAAACAAGACAGCGGGCAUUUACAAGAAAAUUUGUGAAUGCUUGGAACUUUUAAAUGAUGUGCCCUUUUCAAAAGAAUACGCGGAUAUGUACAGAUAUUUCCGCAAGUGUCUUUUGUAUUUACAGGACUAUAAGUCGCAAAAUAUUGUCCUAGAUGAUAGUAUAGAUGUAUAUAUGUAA